AUGAUUUCGAGUCCAACCGAAGAAGAUUCAGCUUCAGCAACGUCAAUCUCAGAGGCCCAAUUGCAUGCCCCAGAAGACAUAAAUUGGCACAUGCUCGACAAAUCAAAGUUCUUCUUCCUCGGAGCAACCUUAUUCUCCGCUCUAUCAGCAGCUCUCUACCCCGUUGUCGUGUUGAAGACGCGUCAGCAAGUCUCCUCAGCAAAAAUCUCUUGCCGAAACAUGUCCUCUGCUAUCAUGCGCUACGAGGGUUUCCGAGGUUUCUACAGAGGUUUUGGCACUUCCUUAAUUGGAACAAUUCCCGCACGUGCGCUUUACAUGUCAGCACUCGAAGUCACCAAAACCAACGUUGGCACCGCCACCGUUCGUUUGGGUUUCUCCGACGCCUCUGCCACUGCCAUAGCUAAUGCCGCUGGUGGGGUCGCUUCUGCCAUGGCUGCGCAACUGGUGUGGACCCCAGUUGAUGUCGUCAGCCAAAGACUCAUGGUUCAAGGAACCAACAAAAACAACGUUGCACACGGUCUUCAUUAUAGAAACGGUUUCGAUGCUUUCAAGAAAAUUUUGUGCGUUGAUGGGCUAAGAGGGUUUUAUAGGGGGUUUGGGGUGUCCAUUGUGACUUACGCGCCUUCUAACGCGGCUUGGUGGGCUUCGUAUUCGAUGGUGCAUAGGGUCAUUUGGGGUGGUUUUGGGUGUUGCGUGGGUGAUGAUUACAAGGUAAAUUUGGGUGUGCAAGGGUUGAGUGCGGUUAUGGCGAGUGGGGUUUCAGCAAUUGUGACUAUGCCACUUGAUACUAUUAAGACGAGGUUGCAAGUGUUGGAUUCGGUCGAGAAUGGACGAAAGAGGCCAAUGACUUUUGUGCAAACGGUUAAGAAUUUGGUGGGGGAAGGUGGAAUUUUGGGUUGUUACAGAGGAUUGGGACCAAGGUGGGCUUCAAUGUCUCUGUCUGCAGCCACCAUGGUUACUACCUACGAGUUCUUGAAACGCAUGUCUGCUAAGAAUCUAGACAGUUAAAUGCGUAAUGAG